CGACCAAAACAUUAAUAGCUGAGACGCAAUUUUCAUCACAACGUCUAACCAAUAUUUCCGCCUUAUGACGUGAUGACAAUAUAGUUUAGCCGCCAAGAUGAUCUACGUAUUCCUCGUCGACACUGGCACGAUGAUGACCUUCGAUAUGAACCUGGCCCUCGAGAAUGUGUCGGUGCUGAAAGAAGUCAUCAACCGAGCGAUGAAAGUCCCCCCAGAGAAACAGGUUCUUCUCAUCUCUGGAGGGGAAGCGCUCGACCCCAAUCAGCGAGUAUGCCAGUACUCAGCGGGUACUGACACCAAUCCUAUCUUCCUGUUCUCCAAGACUACCAUAGAGGGCCAGACUCCUCCAUCACCUAGUAUUGAUUACGGGACUGAUACUGACCUUAAGGACCAGGUGGAGGGAGCGUUGAACAUGCCAGCCAGUUACAACACAGUGGUCGCUCGGGCACAGUUGGCUCAGCAGUUUCACGAACACUCCCGCGACCAGACCCGCACUUGUCAACAGUUAGUGCACGACCAGCAUCUGCAGCAACAAGGAUGGGCAGCCGUGGUAGCCAACCUAGAGGACAUUGUGUCGGCUUUCAAGAACAGAUUCGAGAAUUUUGAGUCGAGUUUUAAUGAAUGCUUGAAGGGACGCGACGAGAAGUCUGGAAUUCUUGAGAAUUUCGAAGAAGACUUGAAGCUCUUGUCCAGAAUACCCGUUCUGCCGGCGCUGUUAGGAGAGAGGAAGAGAAAGAAUGAAUCCCAGCACGGGGGUAAAGUUGACGAGACGGAGAAUAACGCGGAGGAAGACAAGGACGGCAUCGAGGGCUGCGAGGCUAAACCAACUAUGAGUCUUCUGGACUGGAUCAGCGCCAAAGACAGCCAGAGCAACGUGGGACAGAUCGCUCAACUCUGUUACCGCGGCCUAACGCAGAUCAAUGAGGGAAUGUUGACACAGCUGGCGAGUGAGGUCAACAGCGUGAGUCACGAAGCCGACCGUCCGCAGAUGAAGGAGAUUAAGGGCCUCGGGGAACGGCUCUUUGGGCUCGAACAACUGAUGCACGAGGCCAACAAGAUCGUCCAGGAACAGAACAAUUUUGCUCAGGCGUUGAUCCAGAACCAGAAUCGUGCGGGGAAGGUAAACGAUCCGUCGAUCUUCCCCGACCUCUGUACGUCCCAUAGGAAGAACCUCAUGCACAUGCUCAAGAACCAUCAGAGGGUACAAGACAUCAAACGACGAUGCAUAAAAGCCAAGGAAGAACUCUCGGAAAACCUGCACGUCAGAUUAAAGUGGAUAAUGUACAUAGAGAAAAAGCUGUACGAACUCGACAACAAACUCACUAUGCAUCACGAGAACGUCCGCAGAGUCACGGGGCUUCUCCAGGUCAUCGAACAGAUCCACCGAGCACCUCGUGUUUACGUCAGCGCCAUCACCGAGGUCGCACGCAGACACACAUUCUCCAAGUCUUUCGUUCAGUGGGCGACGGCACUAAGCACAGAGAGCAGUGACGUGUGGCAGCGGGAGGUAACGACCAGACGACAUUUCAUCCACCAGUUCUCGUCGCACUUCCUAGCCAGUCUCUUCCCUGGCAUGGAUGACCUCCCGCCGGAUUUCGCCACUCAGCCGCCGGAUACAUUCGACGAUACACUACCAAACCUAACAGAGGAGAACAUAGAACAGUUACGGGCGAUAUUACCAGAGUUGGCGUCCAUGUUGGUGGUGGGGGAAGUGAUCUCCAUCCCUCCUCUCCUCCAGGUGGCGCUACAGUCACAUACCUCCAACACCCACAGUCCUAGGAGUAGCGAGGUGUUUUUAAAGGAAGGAAGCGGAGACAUGUACACAUCAGCGGUGACCACAGCGGCCUCCGUCACCCCCCGCAACACUCCAGACAGAGACGGCAACCACAGAGGUCAACAACUACGGCCGUUGUCCCUCACGAGGGAACACCACGAGUCAGAGACGGACACGGAGGAGUUUGAGAAGGUCGGGUGUAGUGGCGGCAGUGACGGCACUUUCUCCCCCAUGGAGGUGAUGCCAGACAACAGCCGAGGAUCCAUGAAGACAAAACAACAUUUCUCGACUCAGGUUAACGACUCUAAACACAUCAAGCUCGACGGGGGCACUGGGUCAACGUCUCCUGUGGGGGGGGCGGUCCAGGAGGAACUCAGGCCGGGCACUGUAGCCACGCGGGGAAACGUAGCGUCACCGGCGUCCCCCCAAGACCCUGCGAUCAGCCCCGAGUCUAUGCUCACAUCCCAGGAGUUUGUCACCGCCGAAUACUACAUUGAUGAGUCGAUGCCCUCUAGCUACACGGAGAGCGGCGGGACGGCGGCAUCGUGCUCCAGACACCCGCCCCCCAUGGUCAAGACUCACCACGUCAUCACCGCCGAACUACAGCAACAACUAGAGGAUAAGAACUCGGCCAUAUUGAACCUCCAGACCGACCUGACACAAGCCAAGGAAGAAGUGGACCAGCUACAGCAACGCCUCAGUGCCCUCGCCUCCCUACAGUGCCAAGAUGAAGUGCUCAGUCUUAAGUCGGAGUUGGCGUCCUUACGGGGGAAGGUCCGCGACGAGGGAGAGACGUACGUAAACUACAUAUCGGAACUUUCGUCGAGAAUCUUGGACGUUUUGCUUCAGGUGUAUCCAGGUGCAGACAUCGGCCGAGCAGGCGCACUGAUAAGUGGCGAUGCUGGCCAGGCUGACCAGGACCGCCUCCAGGAACAACUGAGGGGAACGGUGGACCUGCAGUCACACAAGCUGAACGACGCCCAGCGGGAGAUUGAGAUGUAUCAGGAACAAUUGCACCGCCAUCAGGAGACCCUGCAGCAAACGACGGUGGAAUUCGAGGAAGCCAAACGCCUGUUGAUCGAGGAGAAGGUCGAGGCCGUUAAACGCUUGACCUUGGAGCACGAACUUGAGAUGGUUAACCUGAAGGAGCGCUGGCAAGAGGACGACUCGAGCCGACAGGAGGAAAUUAUCGUUCUGACGCAGAAACUGAAAAGCCUCGAAGAAACCCUCCAGUGCGCAGAAAGGGAACGCAGCGACCUGGAGAACAACUUCAAGGAACGCUUCGCCGCUCACAUCCAGGAGGAGAAGGACAAGAUAGUGAAGAUCCUCGAAGUGAGUUUUAGCGAGAGAGAGAAGAAUGCCCUCGAGAGUCUAAGGGAACAGCUGAUCAACGAACACCAGGCGCACGUUAGUAGGCUUUUGAAGGAGAAGGAAGAGGCAAUACAAGCCGCCUGCGAGGAGGUGCGGACAAAGCUGGUGGUAGAGUGGCGGGAGGUGGUCGACCAACAGCACAAAGACCUGACGGAGAAACACGCCGCCCAUUACGCACAGUGUAAACAUCAGUGGGAACAGGAGAAGAGAACGGAGAUCGCGGACAAGGUUGCGGAGAUUGAGACGCGGUGGAGAGACGAGAGAGACUCCAACGUGGAACAUGUCCGCCAGCAGUACAAGAUGGAGUUGGAGGGCCUGAGGUCGAGGUUUAGGAUGAUGACUACAGCCAGUAUGGAUAAGUCGCCCUCGGAGACUUCCCUCGAGAAAUUUGAGCGCGGCGAUUUCCUGGACAUGGGGGCACACGAGGCGGCCCUGGCCAGACUGAGGGAGGAACUAUUGAAGGAGAAGGAAGUGGCCAUUGAGGAGACGAAGAUCGGCCUCCAGGAACAGUUUGGCCAAGUGAGGAGAGACGAACUUCAGAAACACGAGACUAUGAGGAAAGACGAGAGGCGGCGGAUUGAAGCGGAGAAGCAGAUUGUAUUUAACGACGCCAUCAAGUCGGUCUCCCAGGAUAAAGAGAGAGUAAUCGAAGAUCUCCGGCUUAGAGUCGAACUCCUCACGGACGAGACGGAGAAAUUGCGGAGACUGAUGCACAACGCGGCCACGGGCUCCACCGACCACCUCAUGAGUGCCCUGGUCUCCGAGAACGAGGCGCUUAAGGAACGUUGCGAGAUACUCCAGAAGGAUAUAACACGCCUAGAGGGUGAGGUUCUCCGGGUCAAACGCCUCAGUUUCGUCGUCACGCCAGAACGACCGACCGACUUGAGCAUGUCGUUUACAGAGUCCGGAGCUUCGGCAGUUUCCCCGUCCGGUUCGCUGAGCGCCAACGAAGAUGUCAGGAAACUUCAGCAGGAAAACCAAGAGUUGAGGGAUAAAUUGCGUCCAUUCAUGCCCGGGCCGGGAAACGUCCUUCUGGUAUGGGAUGACCACCACCUCCACUAUCGAGUCCUACUUGAAGGGAAUCCACACCUCCACUUCCUCCAUUUGAUUCAUACACAUACCUUGGCCUCAAAUCAUUUACACGUCUUAUUUACAGAGACGCCCCAUAAGAUGUACUGCACAGCUGAGGUCGUGAGCAAGGAGUUCUGUCAGGCCAAGAAAGUGAGUGUUGACUUGUGUCUUUCUUCCUCUCAAUUGCUUCUCUCGUCUGAAAUUCUUAUUAUUGUGAUUAUUCUCUUUAAGUAA